CUCUAUACCAACGCGUACAGGCACAUUAAUGUCAGUCACGUGAAGCAGUGCGUGGAUGCUUGCACAGCAGAAGACAAAUGCGUGUCGGUCACGUGGUCUGUAGGAACGGGUACUUGCUAUAUGGACAACAGCAUGUCAAACUGCGAAGAGGGUUUUGGCUUAAGUGGAGGAUUCCAGUAUUUUUUUCAUCAUUGCUCAGGUAGUUCAUGCAGCUCUCCCUGUGACGAUGGUGCCUGUAUAGAUCGUACCACAUGCGGAUGUUAUAAAGGUCGCUGUGGGAAAACCUGCGCAAAUGAAACAACAUGUGACGUUUCACCGGUCAACACUGUGGACAAUUCCACCAGUGUUGUUAGAUACGGAGAAAAGGUCAGUUAUCGAUGUCACAGUGGGUUUGCCACAGCUGGGAAGAGCUCGGGAACAGCGACGUGUAUGGUCAACGGUUUCCUGGACCAUCCAAUUCACUGCAAACAAGUCACGUGCCAGUUUCCCGAAAUAGAUGAAAAUAUGGUUAUGUCGUCAAAGAGAGGCACUUUUUACGUCGACAAUUCAGUUUUCGUCUUUUGCAAGACAGGGUUUCGAUUUCCGAACUCUACCAAAAUCAGCAGUUUUACAUGCAGAGAAGACGGUCGUUUUCAUCCAAAGCUUCAGAGAUGCGAGCGAAUCCAAUGCCCAGUUCCAGACGAAGAUACCAACCUGUUAGCCUUAAGCACACCUCCGUAUGUUUAUCUAGAUUAUGUGGAAUUUCGUUGCGAAGACGGUUACGCCGUCCCUGGGAGGGAUGACGGCACACUGGGCGCGGUCUGUGCUGGGUCAGGCGUCUUCGAUUUUGGUGGGAUGGAUUUUGGAAACGGUUCGACAAAUAUCCCAGUCUGCACUCCUAAACUGUGUCCAAAUAUGAGACUUCCACCUGGAAUUAAACUUCUAGGCCAACGACACAUCUCGACAGGAAGUAGUCCCAUAAUUGGUAUAACAUGUAGACCUGGAUUUAUCUUUGAAAAUGGGAACGAUUCUGUCUCCAUUCCGUGCCGAAAAAAUGUGACCUUCGGAUAUGACUUUCCAAACUGCGUUAGACGCGCAUGCACAAUAGCAAAUAACGCCCACAUGGACUACGAUCUCGAUGACAAUAGAAAUAUGCACCAACCUAUUUAUUUUGAAGAUACAGUUAAGAUGAAAUGCAAACAAGGCUAUAAGUUCUUGGAUGGUGCCACAUCUCGUGUUGUAACGUGUGGAGAGAGUGGUGACUUUCAUCCGAUAUGUGCAGGCGUGCGAUGUAAGCUGCCAAAAGUAAACAAUGGAGUGCUAGUCGCACCAACUUCUGAGAACUAUGAAUACGGAGACGUAGUCACCUUCACCUGCGAGUCCGGCAAGACGAUUAAGUUUGUUGCUGCCAAUGGUGUCGUGGGGUACAGUGAAAACAACUCUAUUUCAGACCGGUGCACAAUGCAUGGAGAGUUCGGGAUUCUAACAGUUAGCUGUUCCUCAGGGCCAAGUGCAGAAAAGCAAGCAAUAGAGGCAUCAGCAAAUUCAGGUGAUGUCGGUCCGAUGGUUGGUGGUUUGACAGCUGCUGUUCUUGUUAUUGCCUUCGUCGUUGGUAUAGCACUUUAUGUAAGGCAUCUCAGGAAAAGUUCUGUGGGCGAUCUGGCGUUUGCCUCUAUGGACUCCAAUCGCUCUGAUGAUCAGUCGAGGAAGAAUCCUGAUAUGUACGUAUACGUAGAAAACGACUUCACUAGGAUCGCUAGAUGGCAAAUUCACGACCAAGAAUCCAAACCCCAAAAAACUGAGCAACGAUCCCAAACAGGACAUAAGAAUGGUCCGACAGAGGGCAGCACCACAAAUGCACGCGGCAUCAAACAAGAUACGGUCGAUCUGUCGGAUGAUGUAAUAUUGGUAGAAAAUGAACUCUAUAAGUCAGAUCUAGAGGCAGACGACAAAGAAAGGACCAAUGAGAGCGAGUAUUAUAGUGAAGCCCGUUACUCUACAGUUGGCGAGAGCGAAGUCGUAGAGAAUACGACAUAUGAUAGCGUUGUUCUUCUAGUGGACAAUGAAAUAUACGAAUCUGGCGAUGACGUGGGGCAGUGAGCGGCUCGCUUGAUGGCCAGCUGGUUACCAAUGGGAUGUACUGUCAGGUCAUUUGUUUGACGUCAGAGUGCGCACCUUCAAUAGAAGAAAACGGCUCACGUGCACUAUUCUCUUAUAAAUUCCGUGAAUAGGAAAAAAAAAUGCUAAAUUUUUGUAUACAGGUGCUUUUGGUCUCUACAUCUUUAGUUCAUAUUUACAGCAUAUAUUCGAGGCACAUCGCAGGCUGCUCAAAUGAUUCUGACAUAAGGCAAUUUGGAUAUGAAACAGGCACAUUUAUACUCACAGACGCAACUUUUAUUCACAGUAAACUAGUGCAUCCAUCGAUAAUUAGGCCUAUAUCUUAAACCGAAACAUGGCGAACUUGGACUGUCAGGAGGAGUCGUCUAACACAAAUCACGUGUUUUUAUCAUUUGCUUGUGCAUAUGCACUUUAGUUAUUACACGGACGCAAAAACCGACUUAACAUACUGGAAACUAAAUAUAGCAAAGCUGGCAAAUAUACAGACAACAAACUGAAAAACAUAGCAACAAUAUGCACAGACAAGGCAGCAAAGCUUCUAGAUGGACAGAUAUGUUAGUAUAUAUUGGAAA